UCGCCCCUGUCUGCCUCUGAGCCAGCUGGACCAGAGCUUGCACCCAGUAGAGUUAUUUUCCAAAGAAACUGUUCGCAUCUGUUUUAAGCUUGUGUCCUUGGGAACCUCCAAGUCUUCAGAGCAAAUGCCUUUUGUUAAGGUGUCAGGAGGUACCUGACUCCAAGCCAGAGAGGAAGAAGGAAAACCACUGCCCAGGAGAGGUGGGCAAGCGUGGGGGAGGCAGGAGCUCCAAGCAGAUGGCUUCUCCUGCAGCCGGGGUGCCUCUCGCUCCUUCUCAGAAUGGGCUGCCUGGGGAGGAAAACCCUGCCUUUCUUCCUCAUUUUUGUGCCCAUAUAUCUAUGUGGGGCUUUGUUGCAAGAAACCGCACCUGAGAGGCAAAGAAAACCAUUCCUUGAGAGGCUCUGUAGACUAGAAGCACAGUUUUGGAGGUUCCAAGAGGCAACCCUAAAGCACCUGCAGGGCAUCGCCAGAAACUACAACCUGUCCUUCGUCAUGGAGGCCUGGUUCUGGAGCCUGGCCCACGAGAGCCAGGCCGUGGCCCUGGCACUCAGCCAGCUGCAGGCCGCCGUGCAGGGCAACCUGGGCCACCUCAAGACCUGGGUGUGGAAGACUCAGUGCAGAGGCCAGAAGGUGGACAACAGGCUGCUGGCCUUGGGCGCCGCCCUGAGUGAGAGGAGCAAGCAGCGCGCCCAGGAGAGGAAGGGGCAGGAGGAGCAUUGGAACGCCCUUUUGCUGGCCCUGGACGUGCAGGCCGUGCACGGCAUGCUGGCUCGCCUGAUGCCCCUCGUCCAGAGCCAGGGCGCCAGGCUGGCAGCUUUCAAGGGGCGGCUGCAAGUAGCCAGCCCUGGCACCGCCGCCCUGCGCACGCUGCUAGAUGUCCCCCAGGGGUACAGUCAUCUCCAAUUGAGGACCACUGCCAAAGAUUAUGACAAAAGCCCCCAGGUGAAGAGGGGAGUUUGCAACGUGGACCCUGCACUCAUCUUUCCGAACGCGUCCACUGUGAAUGUGAUCUUCUUGCCCGGCUUCUUCACUGGCCUACGGGCCCUGUCUGUCUGCAGCUGGGUCUGCACAGCCUUGGGCCACCUGGGCACCCUCCUCUCGUACACCAGCAAAGAAAAUGACAAGCUGGUUCUGCAUGGCCGAGACUCCCUGCCCCCCGGCUCCAUCCACUCUGUGAUUGGAGACCCGGCCUUCAGGGAGCUGCCCCUCCAGCCACUGCCAGACGGCUGUUGGCACCAUGUGUGUGUCAUCUGGACGUCCAUUCUGGGCCUGGGCAGGUACUGGCUCCACAUGGGCCGAAGGCUAGUGGCCACUGGCUCCCGCUUUGGGGAAGGCUAUGAGAUUCCUCCGGGGGGCUCCCUCAUGCUAGGCCAGGAGCACGAGAGCAUUGGGGGGGGGUUUGAUGGCCCUGAGGCCUUUGUGGGGAGCCUAGCAGGCCUGGCCAUAUGGCACCGGGUGCUGGUCCCCAGGGAGGUCUCAAACCUGGCCACUGGGAAGGAGUUCCUGAUGGGUGCCAUCCUAACACUGGCCAACGCCGCAUCGGUAGACGGAUUCGUGCAAAGGGUGAACUGCACCUGCCUACAGCUCUGUUCCUGA